AUGCACUAUCUUUGUCGCGCUUCUGCUCAUGCGAUUGCCAACUGGGCCCGCGCAGAGUAUCGCUACAAGUCUGGUCCCAAAAUUGUCGCUGCAGACGGCAACAUGCAACUACGACGCUUUGCGAAAACGAAGGACCCAAAAGACGUCGCAUUUACUGAUGAAGAAGAAGUGGAUUGGUAUUGGGUCAAAGAUAACCAAGUCGUCCAAAAUCGUAACGCAGCAACUGAUGGCUGUAGCACGUGGCAAGCUCUCGAAAAGGGACGCGGGCGUACCGAUCAUCUAGAUCAAAAUGGUGCAUUUGCAUGCACUUGUGGCCAUGGCCUUCCUCUGGCCAUUACAGACAUUACAACGCCUGGUGAACAAUUCACCUACGUCCUCAGUUGCUUGAAAAAAGUAACUGAGAUGCCAUUAUACGGAUCGAACAUUCGCAUCAUGUACGACGUCGGCUGCAAAAUUCGAAUAAAUCACUUUAGUAUUAGAUCAAAUGCUGAGAUAUUCAUGUCUCGUUAUCAGGAAUCGUUGGAUUGUAUAAAGGAUGUCCCUAUUGCUGUCGGUAUUUUCCACAUCACCGGACAUGCCCCACGGUACCAGAUCCACUACCGUCCUCGCUUGAAGGAAGGGUGGGGAAUACAGGAUGGUGAGCAUCUUGAACGGCUCUGGUCUUUCCUCAACGGAUUUGUUGCCAUGACACGCUACAUGUCGUCUCUCAACAGAAGACUCACCUUGACUAUUGCUCUUGACUUUUACACUCAGCAAAGAACAGCCAAUAUUGGUACCAUAUUGUAUAGCUUAGCUGAUUCAUCGCUGCUAGAGAAACAGAAGUCGAAGUUAAUGAUCUUAAUGUAUGGAUAA